AUGUCAGGCCCUUCAGCAGCUCCUCAAGCUGUCUCAUCCGACACCGGAGUGCCUGGCAAGCCCACCGUCAAUGCUGGAGGAGUAGAUGAUGACGUCCCUCAACCCAUUCCAAACCUGGAGUUGCAGCAACUUCACUUCGUCUUGAUGUCUCCGCGGACGCCCGGUUCCAAGGGCAGGGAGGUCUCCGAGGCGCUUCUAAAAGGGAUCGAGACGGAUGGUACGUGCUUGAGCUACUGACGCUGGUAUGCUGUUACGUGCGCGGCUGCAUUGCUGACUGACUAAUUCAAAUUCUGUACGCAGAAAUGGCACCGUACCUCUCCGCCUUGCUGGCCGCUGGCGUUAUCCUACCAAGUCGAGCCAAGGACUUGCACGCUCAGCUGCACGCCAAGAAUGAAGAGUCUCUCAAGGCUAUCGACGACGCGCUGGUCAGACUUGAGGAGAGCGAGGGAGACAUGGAGGUCAAUGCAGUGAGAAGGCAAAGAGCGGCAUACCUUGCUCGCAUUGGAGACAAGGUGAGCAGGGCUCUUUUUCGUUUUGGCGACAAGGCACAGGUACUGAUCUGUGCCGGGGGGAUGCUGUUACCUGUGCGCAGACGAGGGCCCUCGAAGCUCAUAAGCUUGCGAUUGAGAAGGCUGCUGGCCUCGGCUCGAAGCUGGAUUUGGUCUUGACGCAAAUAAGAAUCGGCCUCUUCCAUGGCGAUGCGUCAAUAACCAUCGAGUCCAUCGCAAAGGCUAAAGAGUGAGUACACGUGCAAAAGAAGCAAGUUUCGGACCUAUGAGUGAUGCUAACUGAUCAGCGCCACCCCAAGGCUCGUCGAAGAAGGCGGGGACUGGGACAGAAGGAAUAGACUCAAGGUAUAUGAAGGCCUGCACCUGCUUUCCACACGUCAAUUCAAACAAGGCGGGGAGCUGUUCUUGGACGCUCUCUCAACGUUCACUGCCACGGAAUUGCUGAGCUACAAGGACUUUGUGACCCUGACCGUCAUCGCCAAUGUUCUCACCUUGGGCAGGAGAGAUAUCAAGAAGAAGGCGAGUUGCGUAAUCAGAGUCUCGCGCCCUCUCGAGCCCUUUGCUUAGAGGUCUUAUCCACUUUGCAGAUCAUUGACUCCCCCGAAGUGCUGCAAGUCAUCGACGAGAUUGAGCACUUGCGAUCGUUCUCGUCUAGCCUGUACAAUUGCGACUAUGCAGCUUUCUUCAAGGCAUUGGGUGAGUGACUUCUUGUUCCUUUCACGGUGCUCUUUCUCGCCACGCAGACAAUUUCCUCACUACGCUUUGUGCUCAUCGCAGCCGAGGUCGAGCAAACGCACCUGCUGCCAUCGAGAGUCCUCUCGCCCCACGCGCGCUAUUAUGUUCGCGAGAUGCGCCUGGUGGCAUACUCGAGCGUGCUUCAAAGUUACAGCACGAUCACUCUUCCCAACAUGGCCGCCGCCUUUGGCGUGACGGUGAGCUGCGAUUUCUAUCCUCGUGCUCAAUCCGAGCUCUGCUGAUGUCCGCUUUCUGCAUUCGGCCACUCCCCUUUUAUCUUCAGCCCGACUUCUUGGACGCGUGAGUUCGCCAGAUCCUUUCACAAGUGUACAGUCGCUCGACGCUGACCCAGACGACUUGUCCACGCCACCUCGCAGUGAUUUGGCGCGAUUCAUUGCUUCGGGCAGACUUCCAGCGGUCAUCGAUCGAGUGGCUGGUGUGGUGGAGAGCAAGAAGGCGGGAGGCACGUCGAUGCUCUAUACCAGGGUGAUCAAGGAGGGUGAUCUGGUUCUCUCUGCGACUCAACGAUUGAGCAGAGACUUGGGUCUGGCAUGA